AUGGACAAUUCUACCAGCGCCGCCGCAGCCAACACCACCACCACCACUGCCAACUCGAGUACUCCCAAAGCCGCCAACUCCACCGAAUCCCCCACUGUGCUUGCCAGGGCAAUCUACGACAACAAUUCCGAAGUUGCACAGGAACUUAGUUUUUCACGUGGGGACGUCCUUACUGUGCUUAAACAAGAUCCUCCCGGAUUUGAGGGCUGGUGGAUUUGUAGUUUCGCGGGCAAAGUUGGAAUCGCUCCCGGGAACCGACUGGAGAUCUUGGGGGUCGUUAAAGUACGUCUAAGCCGAAUUUUGUUUUACUGCGCUGUCUUAUAUGUGGCGGGAAGUAUGACAUGCGUACAUACCGACGUACAAGGGGCGGUGUAUUUCAAAACAAAGUAA